CAAUGAGGCCGGGCCUCACCCAGGAACGCAGCGACCUUCCCAGCCGGAGAUGCCUGCGGGGGGCGGCUCUGCCCCAGAGUCGGAGCGGCCGCUGGGGCUUGGGGUUCAGCUCCCGGGACAACGUCCAGCUGCCCGCGGCCCUAGAGCGGUGCCCCUCGGGGGUCGCGCACCGAGCCUUCGGAGGCACCAGCCAGCCGGGCCGACCAUCCUUUAUCAGAUCAGGACAGUUGACGAAAACAAUGGUUAUUUCAAGCUGACUGAGCGCUGACCCCCGAUAAAAACGAAUGUUGAUUACAGAGGGUUGCCUGGGACAAAAUUUAUGGCAUGCGUCCUGAGGGGGAGUUCUUGUGGGGUGAGUGUAUUUUAAACAUGUUAUCUCCUUGAGAAUGUCUGCACUCUCUGGUCGGGAGCUAAGAGUGGGAAAACUGUUUAUAAACCGUGGAAGUCGAAGCCCCACUUUCGGGGACGAAGAUUAAGGCUCGCUCUUCCGUAGCGCGGCAACUGGUCCAGACGAGUCACCAAGUUUCCCGGGGCGCUGGGGCCCCAGCUUGAGCCUGCCUUACUCCUGCGAGACAUUGGCACGCACGAAUACAGCCAGGCAGCCGGUUCCUCUGCCUGGAAUGAAGCCUUUAUUUCCCAGGUCCGCAAUGGGGGACAGUGAUGAAACCCUCAAAUCUGCUUCCUUAUCUGGUUAAUAAAAAGGCGCACACAGAGCCUGGGGGAACGAUUACAAGUGCAAGUGACCUUGCGUGUUUUAACUUUGGAAAAGCCGACUCCAGUGAUAACGGAAUUGUAGAUUGUAAAUUUCAAUGUCUAAUGAAUUGUGGGGACGAACGUUAUUUUGUAAAAUCCUAGUCUGCGCGUCCCAAAUUUGCAGCUCCGGUGCCGAAAGCUGGGCCGAGCGGGGGUGGGGAGGGUCUCCAGUACGAGGCGCGGCGCUCGGGGCUUCUGCCCAGUUUCCUGCGUCUGAGUCGCAGUGUCCGCCCCAGCCCAUAGCAGUCUGUGCUAUUGAGAAACUCGAUAGGAGGCAGCAGCUGAUCCCCCACCACCCUAAAAAUAAUCCGCUCGGCGCCCUGAUUGCUUCGGCCAGGGAAGGAAAACUUUGCCUUCGGAAAAAAAAAUGAUUUGCGACCAUUGCUAAAUCAAUAAUCAAUGAAAGGGAAGAGAGAAAAGAGUAAACUGUAUAAGAAGAAAUGAGCCUUUCAUUCUGUGGUAACAACAUUUCUUCAUAUAAUAUCUACGAUGGUGUGUUACAAAACCCCUGCUUUGUGGAUGCCCUCAAUCUGGUCCCUCAUGUCUUCCUGUUGUUUAUCACUUUCCCAAUAUUGUUUAUUGGGUGGGGGAGUCAAAGCUCAAAAGUACAAAUUCAUCACAACACAUGGCUUCAUUUUCCUGGACAUAACCUGAGAUGGAUUCUUACAUUUGCCCUCCUAUUUGUGCAUGUUUGUGAAAUAGCAGAAGGCAUCGUUUCAGAUUCACGGCGAGAGUCACGACAUCUCCACCUCUUCAUGCCUGCGGUGAUGGGAUUUGUGGCCACUACGACAUCAAUAGUAUAUUAUCAUAAUAUUGAAACAUCAAAUUUUCCCAAGUUACUUUUAGCCUUAUUCCUGUAUUGGGUAAUGGCCUUUAUCACAAAAACCAUAAAGUUGGUCAAAUACUGGCAGUCUGGUUGGGGAGUGUCAGACCUGCGAUUCUGUAUCACCGGCAUGAUGGUCAUUUUGAAUGGACUUCUGAUGGCUGUGGAGAUCAAUGUCAUUAGGGUCAGAAGAUAUGUGUUCUUCAUGAAUCCUCAGAAAGUAAAGCCUCCUGAAGACCUCCAGGAUCUGGGAGUGAGAUUUCUCCAGCCGUUUGUGAAUUUACUGUCAAAAGCAACGUACUGGUGGAUGAACACGCUCAUUAUAUCUGCUCAUAAGAAGCCUAUUGAUCUGAAGGCCAUUGGAAAAUUACCAAUAGCCAUGAGGGCGGUAACAAAUUAUGUUUGUCUGAAAGAUGCCUAUGAAGAACAAAAGAAAAAAGUGGCAGAUCAUCCAAAUCGGACUCCAUCUAUAUGGCUGGCAAUGUACACAGCUUUUGGACGGCCGAUUCUACUUAGUAGCACAUUUCGUUAUCUUGCCGACUUACUGGGUUUUGCUGGGCCUCUCUGUAUUUCUGGAAUCGUUCAGCGUGUGAAUGAAACCCAGAAUGGAACAAAUAACGCAACAGGAAUUUCAGAAAAACUCUCAUCAAAGGAAUUUCUUGAAAAUUCUUAUGUUCUGGCAGUUCUUCUCUUCUUGGCUCUUAUCCUGCAAAGGACGUUUUUGCAGGCUUCCUACUAUGUAACCAUAGAGACUGGCAUUAACCUCCGUGGAGCCCUGCUGGCCAUGAUAUACAAUAAAAUCCUUCGGCUUUCUACAUCUAAUUUAUCCAUGGGUGAGAUGACACUGGGUCAGAUCAAUAACUUGGUCGCCAUUGAAACCAAUCAACUCAUGUGGUUCUUGUUCCUGUGUCCCAAUCUAUGGGCUAUGCCUGUUCAGAUCAUAAUGGGAGUGAUUCUGCUCUACAAUUUGCUUGGAUCCAGUGCAUUGGUUGGUGCCGCUGUCAUUGUUCUCCUUGCACCAAUUCAAUACUUCAUUGCUACAAAGUUGGCAGAGGCUCAAAAGAGCACACUUGAUUAUUCCACUGAGAGACUGAAGAAAACAAAUGAAAUAUUGAAAGGCAUCAAACUUCUAAAGUUGUACGCAUGGGAGCACAUCUUUUGCAAGAGUGUGGAAGAAACAAGAAUGAAAGAACUAUCCAGUCUCAAAACCUUUGCUCUUUACACAUCACUCUCCAUCUUCAUGAAUGCAGCAAUUCCCAUAGCGGCUGUUCUUGCUACAUUUGUGACCCACGCAUACGCCAGCGGGAACAAUCUCAAACCUGCAGAGGCCUUUGCUUCCCUGUCUCUUUUCCACAUCCUGGUCACCCCUCUCUUCCUGCUCUCCACAGUGGUCAGAUUUGCAGUCAAAGCCAUCAUCAGUGUUCAAAAGCUGAAUGAGUUUCUCUUGAGUGAUGAGAUUGGGGAGGACAGCUGGAGGAGUGGGGAAAGUUCUCUUCCCUUUGAAUCCUGUAAGAAACACACUGGCGUUCCGCCGAAAACUAUAAACAGGAAGCAGCCUGGAAGAUAUCACCUGGACAGCUAUGAGCAAUCAACACGACGUCUGCAUCCCGCCGAGACCGAGGAUAUUGCAAUAAAGGUCACAAAUGGAUACUUUUCAUGGGGCAGUGGCUUAGCUACCUUAUCUAAUAUAAAUAUUCAAAUUCCAACAGGUCAGUUAACCAUGAUUGUGGGCCAAGUGGGAUGUGGGAAGUCCUCUCUCCUCCUUGCCAUCCUUGGUGAGAUGCAGACACUGGAAGGGAAAGUUCACUGGAGCAAUGUAAAUGAAUCUGAACCUUCUUUUGAAGCAACCAGAAGUAGGAGCAGGUAUUCUGUGGCUUAUGCAGCUCAAAAGCCUUGGCUAUUAAAUGCUACGGUGGAAGAAAAUAUUACCUUUGGAAGUCCUUUCAACAAGCAGAGGUACAAAGCUGUCACAGAUGCCUGUUCUCUUCAGCCGGAUAUUGACUUACUACCAUUUGGAGACCAAACUGAAAUUGGAGAGAGGGGCAUCAACCUGAGUGGGGGUCAGAGGCAAAGAAUCUGUGUGGCCCGAGCUCUCUAUCAAAACACCAACAUUGUCUUCUUGGAUGAUCCAUUUUCUGCCUUGGAUAUUCACUUGAGUGACCAUUUAAUGCAGGAAGGGAUUUUGAAAUUUCUCCAAGAUGACAAGAGGACACUUGUUCUUGUGACUCACAAAUUACAAUAUCUAACACAUGCUGACUGGAUCAUAGCCAUGAAAGAUGGAAGUGUACUAAGAGAGGGGACUUUGAAGGACAUUCAAACCAAAGAUGUUGAGCUUUAUGAGCACUGGAAGACACUUAUGAAUCGGCAAGAUCAAGAACUAGAAAAGGAUAUGGAAGCUGACCAAACAACUUUAGAGAGAAAAACACUCCGAAGAGCCAUGUACUCAAGAGAGGCUAAAGCCCAACUGGAGGAUGAAGAUGAAGAGGAAGAAGAGGAGGAAGAAGAGGAUGAUAACAUGUCCACUGUAAUGAGGCUCAGGACUAAAAUGCCGUGGAAGACCUGUUGGCGAUACCUCACUUCUGGAGGAUUCUUCUUGCUCUUCCUGAUGAUUUUCUCUAAGCUUUUGAAGCAUUCCGUCAUUGUAGCUAUCGACUAUUGGCUGGCCACCUGGACCUCAGAGUACAAUAUAAAGAAUACUGGAAAAACUGAUCAGACCUUCUAUGUAGCUGGAUUUAGCAUACUUUGUGGAGCAGGCAUUUUCCUCUGCCUUGUCACAUCUCUCACUGUGGAAUGGAUGGGCCUCACAGCUGCCAAAAAUCUUCACCACAAUCUCCUCAAUAAGAUAAUUCUUGGACCAAUAAGAUUCUUUGAUACCACCCCACUGGGACUGAUUCUCAAUCGCUUUUCUGCUGAUACAAAUAUCAUCGAUCAGCACAUCCCUCCAACGCUGGAAUCUCUAACUCGCUCAACGCUGCUUUGCCUGUCUGCCAUUGGCAUGAUUUCUUAUGCUACCCCUGUGUUCCUGGUGGCACUUGUGCCUCUUGGGGUAGCCUUUUAUUUUAUCCAGAAAUACUUCCGAGUGGCCUCUAAAGACCUCCAGGAACUUGAUGAUACUACCCAGCUCCCUCUGCUUUGCCACUUCUCAGAAACCGCUGAAGGACUCACCACCAUCCGGGCAUUUAGGCAUGAAACCAGAUUUAAGCAACGUAUGCUGGAACUGACAGACACAAACAACAUUGCCUACUUAUUUCUCUCAGCUGCCAACAGAUGGCUAGAGGUCAGAACGGAUUAUCUGGGAGCUUGCAUUGUCCUCACUGCAUCUAUUGCAUCCAUCAGUGGGUCUUCCAAUUCUGGAUUGGUGGGCUUGGGUCUUCUGUAUGCACUUACAAUAACCAAUUAUUUGAAUUGGGUGGUGAGGAACUUGGCCGACCUGGAGGUCCAGAUGGGGGCAGUGAAGAAAGUGAACAGUUUCUUGACUAUGGAGUCUGAGAACUAUGAAGGCACCAUGGAUCCUUCUCAAGUUCCAGAACAUUGGCCUCAGGAAGGAGAGAUCAAAAUUCACGAUCUGUGUGUCAGAUAUGAAAAUAAUCUGAAGCCUGUUCUUAAACACGUCAAGGCUUACAUCAAACCUGGGCAAAAGGUGGGCAUAUGUGGUCGCACUGGAAGUGGGAAGUCAUCGUUAUCACUUGCUUUCUUCAGAAUGGUUGAUAUAUUUGAUGGAAAGAUUGUCAUUGAUGGAAUAGACAUUUCAAAACUGCCCCUGCACACACUACGUUCUAGGCUUUCAAUCAUUCUACAGGAUCCAGUACUGUUCAGCGGUUCUAUUCGAUUUAAUUUAGAUCCAGAGUGCAAAUGCACAGAUGACAGACUCUGGGAAGCUCUAGAAAUUGCUCAGUUAAAGAAUAUGGUCAAAUCUCUACCAGGAGGUCUAGAUGCAGUCGUCACUGAAGGUGGGGAGAAUUUUAGCGUUGGACAGAGACAACUCUUCUGCCUGGCCAGGGCCUUUGUCCGAAAGAGCAGUAUUCUCAUCAUGGACGAAGCGACAGCUUCCAUCGACAUGGCCACAGAAAACAUUUUGCAGAAAGUGGUAAUGACAGCUUUUGCAGACCGCACCGUUGUUACAAUAGCUCACCGUGUCUCUUCUAUUUUGGACGCAGGCCUUGUUUUAGUCUUAUCUGAGGGUAUAUUAGUGGAGUGUGAUACUGUUCCAAACUUGCUCGCUCUCAAGAAUGGCCUCUUUUCCACUUUGGUGAUGACCAACAAGUAGACCAUCCUGAGCUACUCUGCCAAGUACCCCAUGCUCUGCAUCGGGUCCACACCAUUCUGACUGCCGACUUAGUUAUUGUGAUGAAGCGAGGAAAUAUUUUAGAAUAUGACACUCCAGAAAGUCUUUUGGCCCGGGAAGAUGGAGUAUUUGCUUCUUUUGUUCGUGCAGACAUGUGAAAGAAUGUCUUAAAACCCUAAGUGUAUUUAAAAUAAUGCAGUCAUAACCUGCUUAAUGGAUCAUCAGCUAAAUCUUUGCAAAGUGGUAUCUUAAACUUUUGCACAUUUUUUUUUUGUAAUGCUUACUUGUUAUAUUGUUGAUCUUCGUAAUUAGUAACAAUGUCCCUUUACCAGUGAGUAUUAUUUUUACUCUGUUGACAUUUCUUCUUCCUGUUUUUUGUUUUGCUUUGCUUCCCAAGCUAUUUCUGCUUAAUGUGUUCAUUAUUGAUGUUUUUCUAAUGAUUAAGCCACAUUACCUUGAAGAAUAUCAGAUAGUAAUAAAAUGUGUAAGCUA